AUGGAGCAACCCCCCGGUUUCAAGGAUUCCAAAAAUCCCGACUUUGUGUGCAAAUUAAAUAAAUUCCUUUAUGGGCUUAAACAAGCCCCUCGAGCCUGGUUUAAUAGAUUAUCUCAAUAUCUACUUCAUAUUGGUUUCAUUUGUAGUAUUGUUGAUCCUUCAUUAUUUAUCCUACGUAAUGAUCAUAUGGUUAUACUUAUGCUUAUUUAUGUGGAUGACAUCGUGCUUACAGGAAAUAAUGAUACUUAUAUCAAUCUUCUCAUUAAUAAACUUGGCAAGGAAUUUGCUCUUAAAGAUCUUGGGGAAUUUCACUUCUUCCUUGGAAUUGAAGUUCAACGAAAUCAACAAGGACCCACGCUUUCUCAAAUUCAAUAUGCUAAAGAACUUCUACACAAAGCAGGACUACUUGAUAGCACCCACUACAAGACACCUAUGGCACUCAAGUCUCAAAUGACACCUAGAGAUUCGGAUCCAGUCAAUGCUACUGAAUACAGUUUGGUGGGUGCUUUACAAUACUUGACUUACACACGACCGGACAUUGUUCACGCUGUCAACAAAGUGUGCCAAACUCUUCAAAAUCCAACAUUUGGAGACAUGAAAGCUGUCAAACGUAUCCUUCGAUAUCUUAAAGGCACUCUUCAUUUUGGUAUUUCUUUUCUAAAACACAGCUCUCUCUCUCUCUAUGGUUUUUGUGACGCAGAUUGGGCUGGUUGUCCUACAACAAGACGAAGUACAACAGGCUAUUGUAUCUUUCUCGGAGCUAACUGUAUAUCGUGGAGUUCGAAAAAGCAGCCAACAAUUUCGCGAUCCAGUACUGUUGCUGAAUACCGUGCUUUAGCAUCCACAACUGCAGAACUAGUAUGGAUACAAUUCCUUCUUCGUGAUAUUGGCAUUCUUCUUCAUUAA